AUAAUUAUUCCUUAUAGCACUUAUAGCACACACCUGAUAUCGCUGUGCAUUUAGGCAAUGUUGGAGGAUGCCAAUAUGGGUAAGAUCUUCCGAGGUCGUCGGAGUUAUAACGAGCGGGCUUCUCCCACGCCAUGAAGCCCUCGAGUUGGCCGAAUUGCGAAACGAAACUGCCCAAUAUGUUGUCCCUCGUUGCGCUCGUAGCGGCGUUGUCUAUUAAUGUGGUAUCGGCCACUCUCCAGAUUAUCCCAGGAUCAACGUGGACCGCAAAGGGGACGAACCAGCAUGUGCAGGCCCACGGAGGAGAAAUUAUCCAGGUCGGCUCGACAUAUUAUUUGAUUGGAGAGAACAAGCUUGAUGGGAGUUCCUUCCAAUCAAUCAACUGCUACUCUAGCACUGAUCUCGUUCAAUGGACUUUCGUAAAUAAACUACUGACCCUGCAACCCUCUGGAGAAUUGGGCCCAAGCCGUGUUGUGGAAAGGCCGCAUAUUAUCUACAACUCUGCCUCGUCUAAAUAUGUCAUGUGGUUGCAUAUCGAUUCAAGCUCAUACGGAGAAGCAAAAGCUGGAGUUGCCACCUCCUCUUCUGUUUGCGGUGAUUAUACGUAUCUCGGCUCUUCACAACCGCUUGGCCAUCAAUCUAGAGAUAUCAAUCUUUUCAAAGAUACUGAUGGAACGGCAUACCUUCUAACUGAAGAUCGAGCGAGCGGCCUGAGAAUCGAUAAACUGUCUUCUGAUUAUCUGAGCGUAGCAUCAGAAGUCUAUACUUUUGGGAGCUACGAGUCGCCCGCAAUUUACAAAUCUGGCAGCACAUAUUUCAUGUUUGCUUCGCACCUGACUGGAUGGGAUGCGAAUGACAACGUGUACACUACAGCAACCAGCCUCAGCGGCCCAUGGGCGGCAUGGAAGACGUUCGCAGAUUCUGGAUCUAAUACUUAUAGCUCCCAAACCACUGCUGUGGUUUCUAUAAAUGGGGUUGUUAUGUAUAUGGGCGACCGUUGGGUGUCCAGCAACCUAAUGAGAUCUACCUACGUCUGGUUGCCCUUGACAAUUUCAGGCACAACCGCCUCAAUGUCUAAUAGAGUCAAUUGGGUAAUCAACCCAUCCGCGGGGACCUGGUCUGGAGGCCCUUCAGAAACAUCUCCCGAAGCUGAAGCCAGCUCCAACACUCUCGCAGGUGGCGCCAAAGUCGUAACUUGCUCUGGAUGCUCGGGAAGCAAGUCCAUCGGGUAUAUAGGCGGCUCGUCUGGUGGUACGUUAACAUUCCCUGCCAUUUCGAGUACGAGCUCUACGACGACGACAAUCCGGAUCCACUAUGCGAAUGGGGACAAGUCACAGAGAUACGGAAACGUGAUAGUCAAUGGCGUGUCGAACAUAAUCGCAUUUUUACCGUCUCCAGAUGGUAAUACUCCAGGGACGUCAGUCUUAACGGUGCCGUUGAACAGCGGCUCGGGGAACGUGAUUAAGUUCGAGGCGUAUAAUGGUGGAUACGUGGCUGAUAUCGAUCGAUUGAUGGUACCAGUUUCUUGA